AUGGGUUUCACUCUUAUACAGAAGAUGACAACUGCAAUACGUAUACUCGCAUAUGGAAUUUCAGCAGAUCUUUGUGAUGAGUACAUAAAGAUUUCUGAAACCACUGCGGUUGAAAGCUUGAAGCAAUUUUGUGAUGCUGUAAUUGCGGUGUAUGCAGGGCAGUACCAACGCACACCGAACGAAGAAGACAUUGCACGUCUGCUUCGAGAAGGGGAAGAAAGAGGCUUCCCAGGGUGGCAUGGCACACACAGGGGAAGAAAUCAUAAGCCUACCCUCAUAUUGGAGGCGGUUGCAUCGAAAGAUCUGUGGAUCUGGCAUGCUUUCUUUGGUAUGGCUGGUUCAAACAAUGACGUGAAUGUCUUAGAUCAUUCCCCAGUAUUCAAUAGCCUGAUCAAUGGCACAAUGCCUCCGAUUAAUUACGAGGUAAAUGGACAUCGACGUACAAUGGGGUAUUACUUAUCUAAUGGUAUUUAUCCCAAUUGGGCAACUUUGAUUCAGACAAUCCCACACCCAACAACUAUCAAAGAGAAAUUAUUUGCUAAAAAACAAGAAGCUGUUAGGAAAGAUGUUGAAUGA